AUGCCAUUUUCUUCUUGGUUCUCUUCUAUCAAGGCUUCGUCUGAGCCCGGCCAUGGCGACGAAGACGAGGAGGUCUACCAGCCGGAAAGUAUGUCCCCUGUGGACGCUCUAGACUUCGGUACGAUUGCGGACAGGGUGGAGGCGCUGCAGCAAGAACUCGCCUACGCAUAUGAUCUCUGCGAGCAAGCAAAUCUCCAAUUUGACAAGUACCGCAUCGAUGUCCGCGAACUCAAGGAGACUAUGGCGGCACUGCAAGUGGUCAAUGAAGAGCUUCAAUAUCAACUGGGCAAGGAGAAGGACAACAGUCUGAGAUAUCAGGCACAGAUUGAGCGGGAUCAGGUCAUGAUCAAGAGCCAGAGGAUGCUUGUGACGCAGCUUCAAGCCAGACUCAGCACGGAAACAUCGUCUUUGCGUGCUAUGACGAAACACGCUCGGACUCUUGAGCAGCGAAUGGUUGACACGCAGUUUGACCUCGAAUAUCUCAAGUGCACCACAAACGCAGAGCAACGGCUCAUCAAUCCCCCCAAUAUUCAGAACGAAGACGCCCCUCUUCCAGCGCAGCCAUUCGUUGUGGUCUUGGUGGACGGAGAUGCUUACAAGUGGAAUCCUGAUCUUUUUCUGCGGUCCAUGCAUGUUGCCAACUCCACCGGUGCAGAGCGAACCGAGCCUGGUGGUCUGGCGGCCACAAGGAUCAGAAACGAAGUCAUCAAAUACAUUUUGAAGCACACCGAGACGAUACCCAUCACAUCGAAGGUCAUCACCCGCGUUUUCUGCAACUAUGGUUAUGAAGGACAAUUCCUUGGCCGGCAACGAGCGGCAACUACGCAGGUGGCCUUGAGGGAUUUCGCCGUCCAGUUUACUGAGAAGAUGCCUCUUUUCGACUACUUCGACGCGGGCAGGGGCAAGGAGAGGGCCGACGACAAGAUCAGAGAAAACUUCCAUCUCUACCUGUCCACCCCGAACUGCCACGCCAUCUUUGUCGCCGCCUGUCUCGACAACGGAUUCGCUCGAAUGCUGGAGCAAUACUCAAACCACCCUCUCGCCUAUCAGAAGAUUGUGCUUGUGAAUCCCGGCCACAUGGCCUUUGAGAUCCAAAACUUGGGCUUCAAGCAAGUCAUGUGGUCCAAUGUCUUUGCUACCAUGGCCAUGUCGAAGCCACUGGCGAUGAAAUAUGAGAAGGGCCUGCAAAAGCAGCGAAGCCUCAAAGGUUUUAGCCCCUGUCUAAAUUGGGGUGCAAACACGGCCAGGGCGGCCAAAGGAUCUGCUGACGGAAGAGGCAGCCUUGACGUGGCCAGUUUUCUGCUCGAGCGAGUGCCGAUGUGGGACCUGAACGAAUCCAUGGCCAAAUAUGCCAGUGGAGUCGGGAUGAGAGUUCCACUCAGACAUGAUGGCGACGAGGUGCCUACCAGUCCUGUCAUGGAACAUGUCGAGCUCGAGGAGGAAGUUGAUUGA